AUGUCGGAGAACGGAGAGUACACGGAGGUGUCCAACAGCGAUGAGUCCGAGGGGGAGCAAGAGGAAGAGGAGGGAAACUUCGAGGUCUUGUCUCAGACCACGUGGUGUGAGAAGAUUUGCCUCUUCCUCGGCAGUUUCCUGGCGCUGCUGCAGGGCGCCUCCGCUCCGCUGAUUGCGAUGUUCACGGGCCGUGCGGUGAACGUCUUGACCACCAGUCAGCCAGGCGAGAUUUUGAGCGACAUGCGUGGCGUGCUCAUGCGGAUCACUAUCUUGGCAAUUGCCCAGUUUCUACUGGCCUGGGGCUGGCAGACGGCCUUGAUGUGGGCCUCGGCGAACCAAGCGUUGCGAUGGCAGCUGCUCUUCCUGAAAUCCGUCCUGUCCCUGGACAUCAGCUGGUUUGACAACAAUGAGCCUGCGGGCUUGGCAGCGAAGUUGGAGAUGGACAUAGCCCAGGUGCAGAUCUUCAUGGCAAUGGGCCUGGGAUUUUUGAUCGCCAGCAUCGGACAGUUCGUCUCCGGUAUCACGAUCGCCUUUCUUCAUGGAUGGCAACUGACCCUGAGUGGCGGGGAGCUGCUGAACAUCAUCGACCAACGCUUCGCUGAGCUGGAGGAACAAGUGGCCCUGGCGGGGCUGGUGCCGCAGCUCCACGAUCGCUUGGUGGUGAUGGAGAAAAUGAUGAAGCAACUGGAGGACCAAGGCUUCCUCCUUUUAAGCAGCGACGUGGACAGCGAUCACCGCAGCCCCGCCCUGCCUCUGGCGUCCGUGGAGCCGGUGCUCACCCUCGGGCACCCUGGGCCGAAGUGGACCGACGAGGCGCCGGUGCAGUUGGCUGGACCGGAGGAGGGCACAGAGAACGCGGAGGAGAGCAUCAUUGAUCUGAAAAGCCUCCCGGCCGGCCUCUCACCCCAAGCCAUGGCUGAAUAUUCGCCCACACGGCGUCGCAGCAGCGUGGAGGGGUUGUCACACCAACAGACGGUGGAGAUGCAUGAGCAGCUGCUGGAUAUGCAAACGCAGGAGUACUACAGCUUUGGAGAGUCGACUUGGGACCUUGUGUUUUUCAUCGGCACUGGAGCACUGGGACCGUUGGGCUCGUGGCAGACCUUCCUGCUGGCGGUGGUGAAUGUGCUCAUGCAGGUGGUCUUCGUGGCCAUUGCCUUUUUCAAUUUCACCACCCCUGAAGUGGACGAGACAUCGGUCCAGGAAGCCACAAGGUGGAGGAGAUCCUCCGGCCACUCGCUGAGCGGUUACAGCUCACUGUCGCGCGAGUCGCUGGCGCAGCGGGUCUGCAACCUGGACAAGUCACUGGAGCAAUCCGGGAUCCAGGUUGCAUUGUACGAAAACAUUGAGAGAUACUUGAAAAGCGGCAGGGAAGGUUUUGAAAGCUACUUCACAGGGCAGAUGCUUUGCAUUGUGGCGCUGAUUUGCUGGUAUUUGAUGGUUGCCAAGGAGGUGAGUCACGCCCUGGCACUCCACCGUGGAAUCAUCGCGGUGCCUUCAGGGCAGACCAUCAUCGAGACACGGGAAAAUCCCUUCACACAGGUGCGCCACUAUAAACUGAAAAGGGUGGCACGGCGCCGGAAAUUCUUCAGCCUGGUGCUGCUGCUCUACCGCCUGUUUGCCGCAGUUCUAUUGGUUUGGGUGGGCACCUAUUUCCUCGUCUACACCGUGAGUGUAACCGAACUGAUCCUGAACGCCGUGGCGCUGGGGAUCAUCCUGGACAUUGACGACCUGCUCUUCGAUGCACUGGCGACGACGCCGGGGCGGCACUUGGUGCAUCAGCUGGACCCGCUGCUGAUGCCCUCGUUGCCGAGGGUGCGGGGGGCGGAUGCCAAGUCGGCAUUCAUGACGAUCGCCAUCCCAACCCUGACCCUCUUGGUGUACUUCUUCAUGCUGGCUCCGAUGGUAGACACUCUGCAUGACGUCAGCUCCGCCAUGUGUGGUGGCAACAAAGCCUUCGUGUGGGAUUUGGACCGGCGUGGAGUGGUGCUUUUGUCCCAGACCGUAGGUGGUGGUUGGGAAGACGACGCGGGAAUCAAGAAUUUGGCCGUGCAAGAAGCAGAAGAGGUGGGCUUUGGCAUCAGUCAGAACGACAGCAAGUAUGGUGUGUGGCUUCAAGACGUGGAUAGCCUGAGUGCCGCCACGCUCCUGAACUCGGAGGAAAUCUUGGAUGCCAACAACGCCGACUGUGGAGACUUAAUCGAUGGACCGCAAGGUCGCGUUGCCUUGGAACAACUGAGAUUUGUCCACCAGAACCAGAGCAUCCAAGGAUGCCAAGACGUGUUGCCAUUUUGCAGCUCCGUUACCCGGAUGCCCGACUUCGGCUUGGACAAUGGCAGGGGUUGGUUUACGCGCAUGUUCUGCUCAGCCAGCUGCGGCUGUCGAGAUCCUGUGGGGGCCAUCAACGUUCAGGGAUGCCCCUACGGUCAAGGACGGCCGUGUAAACAGUCCUCGCAGUUCGAUCAGUUGCGGGCGGAGCUGGUCUGCGUUGAGGGGAGCCCUGAAGAGCUGAGAAACUCCACAGAUUGGGCCAGCUGGGUCGAUGCCAUCCGAGCCUACGGAAAGUCCACAGUGGCUUUUCCACUCAAGAGCGAAGCGGUGAAAAUCGCAGAUGCCAUGUGGGACCAUGGCUGUGGCUUUCAAGCCAACUUGAGUGCCGAGGGCGUUUUUUGGGGGGACUGUUUCCAGUGGAACAGUUCCUUUGAAUGGGAGUUUAAAACCGUGGAGGCCUUCUGCCCAACGACCUGCCAGUGUGGCCGGGCUGUUGAGAGCUCGAGCUGCCCCUUGCCCUUUGGCAUUUCAUGUGACCGUUUGGGCGACCGCUUCUGCCUGACCUUAAAUGGUCGGCACUAUUGUCCAGGACUUACUCCUUAUCAGCAUGCGACCCUCUUCAGCAAAAUGGCAACCAAUGACGCCACCAUUGUGGAUCCGCUGCUACCGCAGAUCCAAGCAGCCCACGAGGAGACCGUUCGCUUGCUGACAGGUGCAACUGACCAGUUGCUUUUCACUCAGUCCUCACGCCUGGGCAAAUCUUUUUGGACAACGUUCUUUUUCUUUGAGGUGGAUGAGCGACUCAAUGUGACGGACAUCGAUGAUCGGAUCACGGCAGCCAACGCCAACGUCAGUGAGGUUGAGGCCAAUUUGACUGAGCAGCUUCUGUUGCUCUCUUUGCCCGUGGAUGUGCUUGCCUUCGUGGUGCUUAGAGUAGGUGAUGGGAAUUCCCGAGGAAAGGUGCACGUUCCGCCAAUCUGA